UAUUUUUCCUUAGGCAUAGGGUUUUGUUGCUUCUGCAUCAUUAAGCAGUGCAAGAAUUGCAGUGAAGGUCAAAAUAGAGGAGAAAGCUCGAGAUGGAAAAUCCUUUGCUCACACCCUAUAAAAUGGGUAACUUUCAACUUUCUCACAGAGUUGUGUUGGCGCCAUUAACAAGGACAAGAUCAUAUGGCAAUGUUCCUCAACCACAUGUUGUCCUUUAUUACUCACAAAGAACCACAAAAAGCAGUUUUCUUAUAUCAGAAGCUACAGGAGUUUCUGACACCUCCCAUGGAUACAAAGAUACACCUGGUAUAUGGAGGAAGGAUCAAGUCGAGGCCUGGAAACCAAUUGUAAGUGCUGUCCAUGACAAAGGAGGAAUCUUUUUUUGCCAACUUUGGCAUACAGGGAGAAUUUCUACCAAAGAUUUCCAGCCCAAUCGACAAGCUCCUAUCUCGAGCACAGACAAGCCAGUAAAAACUCAAACUCCGCCACGACAGCUGAGCACAAAUGAAAUUCCUCAAAUUGUUAACGAUUUCAGGAUUGCUGCUAGAAAUGCCAUUGAAGCUGGAUUUGAUGGGGUUGAGAUCCAUGGAGCACAUGGCUAUCUAAUUGACCAGUUUAUGAAAGACCAAGUCAAUAAUCGAACUGACCAAUAUGGAGGGUCUUUAGAGAACCGUUGUAGAUUUGCACUCGAAAUAGUUGAAGCAGUUGUAAAUGAGAUAGGAGCUGACAAAGUCGGAAUAAGGCUUUCCCCAUUUGCUAACUACAUGGAUUCUGGAGACUCAAAUCCAAGUGCUUUGGGACUUUACAUGGCUGAAUCCUUGAAUAAGUAUGGUAUAUCUUAUUGUCACAUGGUUGAGCCAAGAAUGAAAACAAUUGGGGAAAAAGUUGAAUGUCCUGAAAGCCUUGUACCCAUAAGGAAGGCAUUUAGAGGUACUUUUAUUGUAGCUAGUGGUUACGAUAGAGAAGAUGGAAACAAAGUUGUGGAUGAAGGCCGAGCUGAUCUUGUUGCGUAUGGACGUCUGUUUAUAGCUAAUCCGGAUUUACCCAAGAGAAUUGAGCUUGAUGCACCUCUCAAUAAGUAUAACAGGGAAACAUUCUAUACUUCUGAUCCUGUUGUUGGCUAUACUGACUAUCCAUUUCUAGAAAAUGUGGUAUGAUGAUGCCAAGGAAGCUUUAAAGAUCACUAGGACUUCCUCAACAAGGAAAGGAUUCCUUUGUAUCUUGAAGUGUCCUCGCAAAUCAAAUUAUCACCUUUGAUUUAGUUUCCACCCCAGAACCUGUAUUCCAGGACUUUCUUUCUUGACUUGAUUGGAUAUCCAUUUUACAUCCUCAUUCCAACUUAAGAUACGUCUUUACAGAGAAAGAACAUAUGAUUGAAAGACAACUUGUCAUGUAGAACAUUAUAUGGAAGUUGUGAACCCAUUGGAACCAAAAUUCAUCUCUUUUAUCGUGCCAAAAUCCAGAGUAGUUUACAUAUGACUACUCUAUUAAAAAUGUUGGAAGUCAAUCAAAUCCAAGCCUCUGGCUCCUCUUGGUUUGCUCAAAGUUCCCAUGCUACCAAUGACUUCCUUGAAGUUUCUGUAGCCCCUGACCAUAACAACGUUGUGCAGAUGCUAGAGAUCAUUUGAAUCACUUUUUUUGGCAGCUAGAAAAUGUGUGCCCGAUAUGUUUGCAGUGUAUACUUUUGAUAAGUUGCACUCUCCCACUAUGCCUUGCUUUUCUACUUGGUCAGUUACGACGUGUUGUCGACGUCCUUCAAAUGAUAACUUUGUCUAUAUAACAUAAUCAUAUAGGAGGAGUAUAUGCAGCUAACAAAGAAGAACAACUAUGCCGAAAACAUACCAAUAACUCACGAGCGACAACCUCGGUGAUAAAUAAAUGGUGUAUCACCACACCCUUCCUUUCUUCCACUUCCCAAAUGAUAACAUGACCUUUAUAUGAGGUCAAGCUUACUAACCAA